UACUUGCGAUGAAUUUUCCAAAUGGAAGACGCUACACAGAUUGAUCCACCUUCCAGUGGCGGAAGUGUGACGGCGGGAAGAGGCGGAGGUCAACAUGGAAACAAUGCCGUUGGAGGUGGCAGCGGGAGUCAUUUGAUGGUGACGAAUACAGCAGCUGACGAAGGCAGCUCCGAUGACGCCAAUACGCCGCUUCAAUCACCGAAGUCACAAAACACCAGCCGAGAAGAGGACGACAGCUCGAAUGCGAAUGAGUCCGACUGUAAAAGUCCGAGUCAAAGAAGUUUCAAUUCCAAGGCGACCAAUGACAGAAGACAAUCAGAACCGGCAAAGGCUGCAACGCAAAGUUGGAAAAAUUUACGGGCUGUCAUGGCCUACUACCAUUCGCUGCGAAAAAUCAAGAGGUUUUGA